AUGGUGGCCCCGGCACGGAGGGGUCCCGCACAGCUCCCACCCCACUCUCCCUCUCCCCGCAGAGACCCCAGGUCGCAGGCAGGACCCAAAAUGGAGGGCGACGCGGGGCGCCGGGCUCUGCUGGCCGUGCUGCUGUGGGUCCCCUUCCUCAUGGCGGUGGCAGGGGACCGGGCGGAGGACGGCCAGGACGGCUUUCGUGGCCAGGACGGCUUUCGCGGCCAGGGAGGCGGGGGGGGCCCCCAGCCCCUGCGGCUGGUGGCCGAGAGCCUCGCUGCCACCCUCUGGGUCCUGUCCUCGGGGAUCUCGGUGGCCCUGACCACACUCUGCAGGAUCCUUGGGGAUCUCCUGGCCGCCUCCGGCAUCAGCGGGGACCGGCUGGUGCGUGCGGCGGCGCUGAGCCCCGGCGAGGUGCGGCGGGUGCUGCUGUGGGGGCUGGCCGCCCUGCUGGGCCUGGCUACUCUGUCAUGGCUAAGGGGGUCCGAGGGGAUCCGCUUCCCGGCCCACGGGAACCCGGGAUCUGCCUCGGUCCUCUCCCCGCUCACCGGAUCCCCCGUGAUCUGCCCCGGGGAUCUGCCCCUACCCGUGCCCACGGGGAGCUGUGGAUCGGGUGGGAUCUGUCCCCGGGCUCGUGGGUGA